GAAACCAACCUUAAGCUUUUCUUAUCUCCGCCCUAAAGGUAGCCCCGAUUAUUGCUGACUUAAGCAUCGGAGUGUCUACCCCGAGUUCCACCUCGAGGCUUUGCAGGUCAUUCCGAAGUGCAAGCGCGGACUAGAGAAGGACUUCGGGUUUGGUGCAAUUACAUUGGCGCCGUCUGUGGGAAUCGAACUGAAAGCUUUCUAGUUGCUCUUUCAUCAUGGUUCACACUCGAUUAGUUCGAGCUGGUAAUUCAUCUCUGCCUCAUGGGCAAGGUCAACCCUCAAACAACCUUCCACCUCAAAUCCCACCUCAGAUCCCACCUCAAAUUCCAACUCAACUUCCACCUCAGCUUCCACCUCAGGUCCCAAUUCUGUUCCCUCCUGUUGAUCAGGCAGAAGGAGGAGAUGAAAAUCAACCUCAUGUCUCAGCUCACAAUUCAACCUCCACUGCCAAUCAAGACCUGGUGACAGCUCAGCUUGCUGCCAUGCAGCAGCAGUUUGGUGUUUUUCAGUUGGUACUGGCUCAGCUUCUAGCUAGAAGUAAUCCUGGCGAUCCCCUCAUUAAUUUACUGAACCCUGCUCAACAACCCCCAGCCCCACAACCGAAUCCUCAACCAGCUCAACCCGCUCCCGCUGUUAGUGAAUCCCAAGCUCAAUCCCACAUAGCACCUGCUCAGCAACCCAUCCCAGAUGAUGUCACCCGACGCCUCAAUAGCUUGGAAAAGCUAGUAGCUGAACACCAAGGUGCUCCACCCCCACACCAUGCUGAUGAUUCUAUACCUCACCCCCUGAAUACCAACAUCACACUGGAACCCUAUCCUACUAGCUUCAAAAUACCACAGUUGGAGACUUAUGAUGGGACGAAAGAUCCCGAUGACCACCUGCACGCUUUUUACUCUUGUAUGCAAGCUCAGAACGCCUCUGACGCGUUAAUGUGCAAGAUCUUCCCCUCUACUUUGCGAGGUAAUGCUCGAACAUGGUAUUAUAGUUUACCUCCGAGGUCAAUUAGUUCUUACACAGAGAUGGCAUCUGCCUUUGCCACUAAGUUUUCCAGUAGAAGGUUGAUUAGGAAAACUACUACCGAAUUGAUGCGAGUUAAACAGAGGGAUGGAGAGUCCCUAAAGAACUACAUGAGCAGGUUCAAUGAUGCGGUGUUGGAGGUUAAUUCCUUUGACCAAGCUGUGGGCAUUGCAGCUGUCAUCUCUGGUCUCAAACAUGACAGGUUCCGAGACAGUUUGAUCAAACAUGCUGCCACCACCUUUAGUGAAGUAAACGACAGAUCUCUGAAAUUUAUAACUGCUGAGGAAUACACCCUGGCGCAAAACCCACCUUCCUCUAAGAACCAGAACCCAGAAUGGCGAGAUGACAAUCCGAGCCGAAAAAGGAUGAGAAUGGCGCAGAACCGAGGUCCAGUGUUGACCCCCCCAUCGAGAUUCGGAAGGCCGAACUCCACGCCUCCACAACAAUCUGCAGCUCAGAAGCGGAAGAUUGACGAUGCUGAAUGGAAGAAUCAACCAAUUACUUUCACAUCUGCUGAUUUCGAUACAGUUGUUACACCCCACAAUGAUCCUUUGGUCACUUCUGUCAUGAUUAACAACUGUGAAGUACAGCGUGUCCUUGUUGACACCGGGAGUGCACCAGACAUCAUGUAUUUCCACUGUUUCGAGAGUCUGGGAUUAGAUCCAGCACUGUUGCAGAAGUAUGAUGGUCCUAUCUAUGGUUUCAACAACCAACCUGUUCCGUUAGAAGGAGUUCUUACCCUCCAUGUGGCUUUUGGGAGUGGUCAGACUUAUGUAGCCCCUUCAGUCCGGUUCCUCGUUGUCAAGAUGGCCUCUUCUUUCAACAUUGUUAUUGGCCGACCCACAUUGACCGAAAUCCGAGCUGUGGUUUCCCAAUCUCAUCUCUGCAUGAAAUUCCCCACUCCUAUGGGAAUAGCAACAUUGCGAGGAAACCAGGAGGUGGCCAGAAACUGUUAUAUCACCUCGGUAACACAACCAACGAAGGGCAAAGAUAAGACACCCGAGGUCACUCCCCAGCAAAUUCAUGAUAAUCAGCAAGUCAUGAGUGUAGAGAUCGUCGAUAAUCAACCGGAAGAUGAAACCAGAGCUGCUCCAGUCGAAGAUGUUGAAGAAGUGCUCGUUGAUGACAGAGAUCCGAGCCGAAAAACACAGAUCGGAACUCGAUUAAACCCGGAGGAGAGAGCAGAACUGAUAGCUUUUCUCCGAGCUAACAAUGAUGUAUUUGCAUGGACUUCGGCAAAUAUGCCAGGAAUUCCAACUUCAGUAUGUCAACAUAAACUCAGUACCAACCCAUUGAAGAAACCAGUGGCCCAGAAGCGGCGUCUCUUCGGGGGGGAGAGGCUUCAGGCCAUUAAAGAAGAGGUAGAGAAACUCCUACAAGUUGGUUUUGUCCGGAAAGUUGAUUACUGCGAAUGGAUGGCUAACCCAGUUCUGGUGAAGAAGGCCAAUGGCAAAUGGCGAAUGUGUAUUGAUUACACAAAUCUUAAUAACGCUUGCCCCAAGGAUUGCUAUCCAAUGCCGAGCAUUGACAAACUAGUUGAAGCGGCUUCAGGCAAUGAGAGGUUAAGCCUCUUGGAUGCAUAUUCGGGGUAUCACCAGGUGCCAAUGGCUCCAGAAGACGAAGAGAAAACCGCGUUCUAUGCUGGCGAUGAAAUUUAUUGUUACGUCAUGAUGCCGUUCGGCUUAAAGAAUGUAGGUGCUACUUAUCAGAAAAUGGUAACCAUUGUCUUCCACGCCCAGAUUGGCAAAAACCUGGAGGUAUAUGUCGACGACAUUGUGCCAAAUGUAUCUUCGGAGUGGAGUCUGGAAAAUUUCUAGGUUUCAUGGUGUCCCGAAGA